CGCAGGUAAGAACAGAGUAAUCAAUUGAUAGUAGUAGCGGCACUAAUGUCUCAGAUACAAAGUAUCAUCCAGAGAAUCUUUGGGAAUCACAAGCUUCCCACAGACUUAUCAGGCGAGGAGUAUGAAAAGUUUAUGCAAAACAACAUCCCCCAAUGGAUGAAAGAGUUUGAAGAUAGCGGCUUCCUGGAAAAAACGAAAUUGCCAGUAAUCCAAAGCGAGGAAGAAUUUAUUGACAAGCUCCUUGAGCACCGAAACGACCUAAUGGUAAUAAAGUACUGGAAGCAUGGGUGUAUUCCAUGUCUUGCGUUUGCGGAAAUGUAUAAGGCUGCCGCUGAAGCCUUCGCGAAGGAUGCCUCUCCGAAUGCAAAGCGCGUGUUUUGGUAUAGCGUAGACACCAAGGCACUCAGUACGUGGCAGUUGGUUGAAUAUCAACUUAUUUCGGGCACCCCAACCAUUCAAACCUUCGCCAACCAGAAGCAGUGUGAUGACGAGAUCAAGGCAACAAAUAUGGAUGACCUGAUGCGGGAAAUCCGCAGGCGAGCUGAGAAAGGAUCACAAAAUCCCUAUACAUAACUAAAACUACAAAAGGAAAACAAUGUACCACAUCGUAUUGGAAAUAAAAAGCAAUAAAGGGGGAUCAUUGUACCUCAAGAGACGAACACUUGGCUUGGUAAUGUUGUAACAUGUCAAAAAUACGGGCUAAGGAAAGGGAAGGUGGAGGUACCGUGGCAAUUGGCGAUGCCAUCAUUUUAGAUACCUUAUCACCGUCAUCGCCAUGCUUUAGACUUGGUUUGAUUUGUUAAAAGGCUUUCAUUGAUAGCCUAUGUGUUAGAAAUGCGCUCUUGGGAAUGCAGAUAUACUAGUUUUUACUGAGGAUAGUUUUGUAGAGACUGUUGAGAGUAGCUCGCUGCCUACUUGGAAAGAGACUCAGUGGGGAUAUUUAAUUUGCAGAAUUCUGACGGAGCUUGCCCCUUCACCAGGGAGCGCGGCUCGCGAAUGUUGACAAGUCAUUGGUUGAUGAUUUUCUUUGCCUCAAGCCGCCUUCGGGGGUUUAAGACGGGGAGGAAAUAAUAUCAGGCUUGAGAAGCUCAUUGUAGAGCAUUGCGAUUCUGCCAAAUGAUUUUCGUGUAAGCGUUUUGGUCACUGGGGCGUCGCAUUGUCAAAAUUCGCGCUUGUACAGACGGAUGUCAUUAGCCUUGAGCGGGUACCUGAGAGUUCUUGCGAAUCUUAAAAGCAGGAGAGGAACAAACAGAAACAUUCUCAAGAAACAGUAUCUCUCGGAAAGGAGUGAAGAGUCUACAGGGCUCGUGAGAAGGCAUCUGUAGAUUACUAACCUACUUAUCAUGUGCUGCUAGAUCAUUUGCUCAGGGUGUUUUCGUUUACGUAAUCUAUAUCGUAUUGUAAAGAAGUUGUCAGUGAUGGUAGAUAACUAGUUGGGGCCGUUGUGAAGCAUGACCUUCCCAUCGCUACCCCGUCCUCAGGUUUUUAACAAGAACCCAAGCGUGCUCCUGCUAACUGAAGUGUCAAUCUAAUGAUA